UGUGCGGGUUUUAUGAGAGCUGCGCUGAUUCAAUCGACAUGAUUUCAUCAGUAUUGUCGUGCUGGAGCAGCACCGGGUCAAGUUCCACCCACUAAUUACUGUUUAGGUGAACUUCGCCCGGUAACCCAGUUUUGUCCAAACUGCAUACUGUCGCAGUUCACAUUUUUAAAAAAAUCUUCUUGCUUUUACUUUUCCUACUCCGACAACUCAAACUUAUUGGACAGGCUCUUUCCAAAGCUAAUUCAAGGCUGUUUGGCAGUACGCGGUGUCCUGAGGUCACAGAUGGUUGCUAUGCUGCGCUGCAGUUGCCGUGGAGGCGGAGUGCAGCCUGUCGGGACGGUCGGUUGAAGAUAAAGGACGUAACUGUCACACGCUGGAGGAGCGUAGCGAAGUUUAUCUGCGGGCUGAGGAUCUGAAUGGAAGAAAUUUUUGAGUAAAAUGGAUAGUGCUUGUUAAAAAAAAAAAUAGCGAAAAAAGUUUUCCGUGUCUUAAAGAUAAAAGAUCUCAAAGUUGUCGUGCGCGCGGACGUGCCUUUGGAACUGGAGCUCGAGCUGUCGUUUAACCGUACUGCCGCAGUUGUUGGGAGAGACGUUAAUUAAACGUAGACGCCAAGAUCAGCAACUUCGACUUACGAUAUUUAAUAGCAAACUUCGCACGACAAUUGAACUAUCGGUUCCCCGGUACUGACGAGGACAUACGGAGAAGAUCAAAUCAGCAUGGUUACCACAAAGGGAGCGGGCCUGAACCCCAAUGCCAAAGUGUGGCAGGAGAUCCCUGCCCAACAGAGUGAGAGCCCCGAGGAGAUGGACAAUGCUCCAUGGCUCAAUACCUGCCCUCCUCCUGCUGAAAUGACCGAAGAUUACUCAGAUGUUCCCUCUUCAGGAGGUAAAGGAUACUACAGUGAAAACGUGGACAGCACUGCUGAGUAUACCCCUGUGAAUGACAUCAGUCCGUCUGACCAGGGGUAUUUAGGCUUUGACCCACAGUGCAAAUCCACCAUAGAUAAUGCAUCUGAGGUGCAGCCGAUGUCCGAAGAGAGUUUGAGACAGUCAUUAAAGGAACGUCUCGAGUUCUUCUUUUCUAGAGAGAACCUUUCAAAGGACCUCUACUUGAUAUCCCAGAUGGAUGGUGAUCAGUUUGUUCCCAUUUGGACACUUGCUUGUAUGGAGGACAUUAAAGCUCUUACCACUGACAUGGACCUCAUUCUGGAUGUACUGCGAGCCUCGCCCAUGGUCCAAGUUGAUGAAUCUGGGAAGAAGGUUCGACCAAACCACAGUCGCUGCAUCAUUAUUCUAAGAGAAGUGCCGGAGACUACCCCAGUUGAGGAAGUAGAGGCUCUUUUUAAGAGCGAACACUGCCCGAAACUGUUAAGUGUUGAGUUUGCGCACAACAGCAACUGGUACAUAACUUUUCAGUCGGACAUGGAUGCACUACAGGCUUACAGAUACCUAAGAGAGGAAGUUAAAAUGUUCCAAGGGAAACCAAUCAUGGCCCGCAUUAAGGCCAUUAAUACAUUCUUUGGCAAGAAUGGCUUCUGUAGCGUCCAGGAUUCAGGUGUGUACAGUCAACAUGCUCCGCUGCAGGCCCCGUAUGACUCAAGUGCUCCAGUGUACAUGCAGUCGAUGUACAGCCCUCAGCAGCAAUACCCUGUUUAUCCUAUUGUGUCUCCCUCCUGGAAUCCUCAGCCAUCAAGCAUGCCUUAUUUUGAAACACCACUGGCACCUUUCCCCAACAGUGGAUAUAUGAAUGGUUACAGCAGUUCCGGGAACUACAAAGCUAACUCAAGCUCAGUCAACACACAUGCUGCUAUGACCAGGAACCGAAAUCAUUUAAAAGAUCAUCCCAGGCCUGGAGAUGUGCACUCUUCUUUUGCUCCAAGGAACCAGGUGGAUGGUGUGUCUGGUCCACAGGUCCUGCAAACACAACAGCUGAUCUCUCUGGCCUCCUUCAACCUUAAAGAUGUGAGCGGGGCUGGACGGGGCAGAAGAGGCCCCAAUCGAAGCACAAGGAGAAAAAGGGAAGAUGAGCAGGCAACGAAGCCUGUCCCUGUACCGGAGGCCAAGGCAUCACAUCCAAAGUUUGACCUGGCAGCCUCCAAUUUUCCACCUCUGCCCGGAUCUGUUGUCAGUAUGCAGGAGGAAAGUGUCCCUGAGAUGCGCCUUUCUGAUAUUGUGCGUGGCCUUAAGGUGACAAACAAGUCUGUCAGCAAAGAUGUUCCCACAAACAUCGCAGAAGGUCCUGUAAACAAACCUGAUCCUGUAAUUCCACCUAAACCUGCUGUUGUGUCCACACAAACAACCACUCCACCAGUCUCAAGUGAUUCUCUUGUAGUAAAGGAAGAGGAUAAAACUGAAGCUCCUGUAACAAAGGAAAAUGUCUCCUCAUCCGCACAAGCUCACACACAAUCAUCUUCAGAACAUGCUCCCUCCACCUGCAGCCAGGCUCUUUCUACCGAAACACCUUCAUCGCCUCCCACAUCUCCAACAUCUCCAACAUCAGAACCGGGUCUAAAAAAGCUCAGUUAUGCAGAGGUGUGCCAGAAGCUGGCCAAAGAACCGCUGCCAGCACAGAUGCCUUCUCCCUCCACUCCCACCUCUUCAGACAGCCAACCCCUGCAAGAGCUCAAGGUAAACAGGGUGGAGGAGCCUCGUCCCAAUGGUCGACAAACUGCAGAGAAGCGUGGAGAUAAACGGCCUCCUCGGCAACCACUGCGCUCCUUCAGAGGGGGAAGUGGCCAAGCCAGAGUCCGAGAGCCAGGGCAGAAGAUUCGGGAACAUCAGAAGGGCCUGAACACUGGGAAACGAUUUUCACCACAGCGGGCAGCCAGACGCAGUGGCAAAGAACAGAAUAUCCCUCCAAGUUCACCGAAGUAACCAAAGGGUGGGGAAAAAUGAACUGAAAACAGAAAAGAAUAUAUGUACAUAUGUAAUAAUAUAAAGACAGAUGUCUAUAUUUCAUUUCAUGAGUUUGUCACAUCUCUUUAGAUUACUGCAGGCCUGAAAUUAUUUGGAAAUUUGUAAAUAGAUUUUCCUUUUCGGAAAAUGUCGUCAUAGAUGGAAUCGCAGGGUUCGCGGUGAUAAAGCGUACUUCGCUGAAAGUAGUAUCACGAUAUGAUAAGAGGAUGUCCCUGUACAUUUGUUGAAUUUGUGGCAUCUACAUCUGUGGUUUAGAAAAUAUGAGACCUUGUAUCUCUUUUUUUUUUUUUUUUAAAACAUGUAAUUAACAAGUAAUCUAAUAAAGUAGUAUCUAUUGUCAGUUAUCCAUGAACUUGACAUGUUCAGCUUCAGAGUGGGUUGAACUUUUGGAAGGUAAGAGUAGCAAUAUUUGUAGAAAUGUUUGUAGACUCUUGUUCUACGACUAGUGAAUCUUGUCUUGAACUUGUUAUACUUGUUGGGUUUUGUGUUUUGCAAUAAUUUUCCUUUGUGGUCCAAAUAUUGGAUCAAUACAACUAAUGUUGGAAUAAGUGGAGCAGAUCUGCUUAUGUCAUUUUUACUAGACUUUACAAAACUUUUUCUUUUUCAUAAAUUAUAAAUAUCUAAUUAUUCUAUCAGUGCUAAUGGUUGGUGGAUGUAGGCAGGAAAGUGUUUGACCAGAGCUUAGUAUUGUUGGCAUCUGCUUUGUAAAGUACAACUAAAAAGGGUUUUUUCAGCUAACUUUGGUUUGUAUUUCACAAAACCAGUGUAUACUGGGAUUAGGUAAAUAAUCCAGUUAACGAGGUCAUUGUAGUAAUUUGGUGUUUGUGGUUCCUUCGUAGUUUCAGAUUGAAGUGGAACAGUUUGUGUCGACUCAAGUCUUCCUCAGUGAACCCUCUUUACUGCUAAAAUAUUAUGAAUGGCCUGAGGAACAGGGAGCAGAAAUUUUCCCCUCAAUGUUGAAUGUUUUCACUGCUUGAUUUCAAAAGUAGCAUUUUUAUUGCUUGAAUCACACGUGCUAUCAAAAUGAUGAAUGUAGCUGUGGAUCUCAAACCACUUUUUCAAAUGAUUUUAACAUCUGUGUAUUUUAUUUCUUUGUGUAUGCAAAUUCAGUUUUUGUUUGUCCACAUGGUAGUGUAUUUUAUAUUGUUGACUUUGACUACAUGGUAUUCAGUGUUUGUAAUAUUGGUGAAUUAGUGUAGACUAAUGUUUCCUAGCUGUUAGGUUCUGAUCUGUAAUGCAGCUUUUGGCUCGACAAUGAAUAUCUUUCAGUUACAAAUGACAGAAGAGUAUUGGGAUGGAUUUUUCAACUUGUACUUAGAUUUUCUUAAAUAUGGCUAAAAGAGAUUAGUAAUUUAAGAUAGAAUUCACAUGUUAACAGGGAAUUUACAAGACAGGCUGUACACUGUAGUAAUCAGUAGUUUAUACUGUUUUUUUUGUUUGUUUUUAAAGUGUGCAGCUGACUGACACUGCUUGUGUUUUAGACUAUAAGGAGUUAUCAAACCUAACUCCUAGUGCCUUAAUGGGAUUUAAUUUCGUUGUAAAAAUGCUGUAAAGGGUGUAAACUUGUCAUACUGAACGUGAUAAAGUUCACAAAACCACCUCCUUUUGAGGCAACAAAAGUUCCAGUUCAUUCUGUAGGGUUUGCUCUGUGUGCAUGUUUUUCUUUUUUUUUCUUUUUUUUUUUUUUUUAAACUUACCAAAACAAUUUCAAUCUUGUGCGAAUCCUGAUAUUUUUUUUUUUCCCCCCUUUUCUUUAAAUGGGCUGGAAAUUGUUCGGAGUACAUUGGUUUAUACGCUGAAUUAUAGUAGCUUGAUGUAUUCAAAAAAAAAUAAAGGUUUAUUUUUUAAAAUGG